CGCGCGCCGCGGGUCUUGCGAAGGGUGGGCGGUGUUUCCGGCCUGAGGUGCGCUAGCGUUCCUCGGGCAACGCCUCGGCUGGCAGUUACCUCAGAGCUAGAAGCCAGCAGACCCGCCGCCUCCAUCAUCGGCGUCACCAUGGGUGCUGUCCUGGGUGUUUUCUCCCUCGCCAGCUGGGUUCCAUGCCUCUGUGGCAGCGCAUCGUGCUUGGUGUGUGGUUGCUGUCCCAAAAAGAACUCCACUGUGACUCGAGUCAUCUAUGCUGUCAUUGUCCUCCUGGGCACGUUUGUGUCCAUUAUUAUGCGAACAGAAAGUAUGGAAACUGAGCUGAAGAAAAUUCCUGGAUUCUGUGAAGGGGGAUUUAAAAUCGAGGUGGCUGAUUUAAAGGCAGAUAAAGAUUGUGCUGUGAUGGUUGGUUUUAAAGCUGUGUAUCGGAUCAACUUUGCAUUGGCCAUGUUUUUCUUUGCUUUCUGUGUACUCAUGUUUAAUGUAAAAACAAGUAAAGAUCCCAGAGCAGCAAUACACAAUGGGUUUUGGUUCUUCAAAAUUGCUGCCAUUGUGGGUAUCAUGGUUGGAUCUUUCUACAUCCCUGAGGGCACUUUCACCUCAGUCUGGUUUCAUUUUGGCCUGGCAGGGGCUGCUUGCUUCAUCCUCUUGCAGCUGAUACUCUUGGUAGACUUGGCUCACUCUUGGAACGAAGCGUGGGUGAACAAUAUGGAAGAAGGAAACCCCAGAGUCUGGUAUGCUGCUUUACUUUCUUUUACAAGCUUAUUUUAUAUCUUGUCAAUCGUCUCUGCUGGGCUGCUCUACACAUACUACACCAAACCAGAUCGCUGCACAGAAAACAAGUUCUUCAUCAGUAUCAAUUUGAUCCUUUGCAUUGUGGUUUCUGUUAUAUCAAUCCUCCCAAAAGUUCAGGAACACCAGCCUCGUUCUGGCCUCCUGCUGUCCUCUAUCAUCACUCUCUACACCCUAUACCUCACGUGGUCAGCCAUGACCAAUGGACCUGACCGUCGCUGCAACCCCAGCCUCUUGAACAUCAUUACACACAUAGCUGCACCAACCAUGGCUCCUGCAAAUGCGACUGCUGUGGCCCCCACCAUCGCCCCACCUUCAGAGGCUCCACGCAUAGAGAACGGGCGCUUUCUGUAUGCAGAGAAUAUUUUGGGAGUGAUUGUCUCUGCUAUCUGCCUUCUGUAUUCCAGCAUCCGCACUUCUAGCAACAGCCAAGUAAAGAAGCUGACCCUCUCCGGGAGUGACAGCGUGAUUCUUGGUGAUACAGCUGCCAGUGGAGGUGGCGAUGAGGAAGACGGGCAGCCUCGACGGGCUGUGGACAACGAAAAAGAAGGAGUGCAGUACAGCUACUCCUUCUGCCACCUGAUGUUCGGCUUGGCUUCCUUGUACCUCAUGAUGACCCUGACCAACUGGUAUAGCCCCGAUGCCACGUUCCAGACCAAGGAGUCCAGUACGAGUCCAGCUGUGUGGGUCAAGAUCAGUUCCAGCUGGGUGUGCCUCCUCCUCUAUGUCUGGACCCUCAUUGCUCCACUUGUCCUCACCAAUCGGGACUUCAGCUGAACUUCUGGCUGCCAAGGACACCGCUAAAGCUCGUAAAGGUCACCUUUGCUGAAAAUUCAUGUCCUUUUAAGUUUGCUUGAACUAAACUACUAAGUGAAUGCUUUGCGAAUUUGCCUAUAUGCAGGUUAACACCAAAAGGCAAGGUUGAAUAAUGCUUAAUGCAGAAUCUGAACUUUUCAUUUCUAUGUAUAUUAUGUUUAUUUGUAAGGUUAUAGCACAAAGGGAACAUUUUUAUGUGUUAAAAUGAACUACAGCUGUGCUGUGAAGAAAGUUCUUUAUAAAGACCUGUAGGUUCCUACAGCUUUGAUUUAAAAUGCUGGAAGAAAAAUGUUGAAUAUUUGAAACUAUGGUUAAUAUAUUUCUAUUGAAGUUUCCUUAAAAAGCAAAAAACAAUGCAUUUAUAUGACAUUUUCCUCGUGAAGGUCUUUACUGUGUGAUGCAAGCAUACUGUGCAGGGAGUUAACUCUUCAGAGGUGUAGCAUUGUAGUUCUUGGGCAAGGAUUGUGUAGCUGAGUCCUUCCUCAGAAGAGUGGUUGCUGAUAAGGCUACUGCUUCUACAUCUUGAGUUUCUUUAUUUACUUUUUUAAUAUUACAGCAUUAAUGCUGCUUGAUACAAGUCUGUGGCUUUGCCAGAUAUGUUAAUUUCAAUAAAUGCUUUGUAGGUUUGAUUAAAAUGAAGAUUGAGUUUGGAAAACACUGCAGUGUAUAUGUAAUCUUCUUGUUGUGAGUAUGUAAAAGUAAAGUGCAUGUAAAUUUAUAUUUGCACUAAAGGUAUUUGAUUAAAAUAGAUACUAAGUUUUUAAGACCCUUUCUUUAACAGCUUUUUGAGCUAGCAGCCAUCCAUUAUUUUUGGUCAAUCACAAGUUUAUUUGGUAUCUAGCCUAAACAGUUAUCUCCUUCUAAAACUUAUGACCUGACUAGUGAGUCAUUAAAAACGCAUCCUAAACAUCUUCUCAAAGUAAGGCUUUGGUAGGUGAAAUACAGUUAAGGCACUGACAAACAUUUCCCGAGAGGCAGCAUAUAAGGAAGUAGGAAAAGUAGGUGCAGUUGUGCACACCUGUAACCCCAGCACUUGGGAGGCAAGUUCAAGGCCAGCCUGGGAUAUGCAGUGAGUUCAAGGCCAUCCUGGAUUACAUAGCGAGACCCUGUCUCACAAAAACAAAAAGAAAUAAGUAAAGGAGGUAGAAUAAAAACAGUUAUUUCAAUGAUUCACUGACUUUUCCAUGCCAGGCCCUAUAGGUUCUGAGGUACAGAUAGACACCUCAUGAUAGACAUGGUAUGCAGAGCUCUUUCACUUGGACUUAGGUUUAGAGGGGAGUGAAAACAAGCUGUUGGGUGUUUAUAAUCUGGUAAAUUAGUGCUGUGGUAUCAAAACUGCAGAGAACUCAAGUGAACUGCCUGGGGGGGCUGGGGAUUUAGCUCAGCGGCAGAAGCGCCUGCCUGGCAAGCGCAAGGUCGUGAGUUCGGUUCCCGGUACCGGAGAAAAACCAAAAAAAAAAAAAAAAAAUCAAGUGAACUGCCUGGAUAGAGGGUGUCAUAAGUGGACUUCCUGGCAAAAGUACUGUCUAAAUAAAUCAGGAACUGUUGAAGGAGUCAGCUGAGAGAGAAGUGGGAGAGUGAGAAGACAUUGCUGAAGGGUGGCCAGAAUAACAUGCUAACGUCAAGGAGAUGGGAAAGAAAAAGUCCCAUCAAACUGGGAUAGGGGAAGUGUGCGGGGACUGAGUGGUGAGGGCUUUGUAAACCCCCAUGAGAGCUUAGACCUUAGGUUGAGGGUAGCAGGAGUGCUCAGAGUGACACAAGCAGAUAAUGUCUUUAGUCACAGGCUGCUAAGAAGUGGUUGGAUUUAGAGAGAUGAUACUGGGGUUGUCCAUGAAAUUUUAAAUGGGAGUGGUAGAAUAGCUGAGAGCAACUUGGUAAUUAGAGUUUUUACACUGGCAAUUAAUUAGGUACGGGGAGAGGUUGAUUUCUUUGGUGAUUCUGGUUUAGUCACCCAGGUAAAUGAUAGUUCCCCUUACUUAGAGGGAAGCAGGAAGAAGCCUGGGUUGUGUUACAGAGAUGAGGGUGGUCCCUUAGAAACAGUUAAUAGGCUCACAGGUUAAUAGACCUUUUGGAUUUGCAUCCCAACUUUGCUAUUUUCUAGCUGUUAAACUGGUUGGCUAGCCAGGGAUAUAGCUCAGCGCCACAAGCGCCUGCCUGGCAAGCGCAAGGUCCUGAGUUUGAUUCCUGGUACAAAAAAAAAAAAAAAAAUUAAACUGGUUAGCUAAUACUGAACUAUGCUUUGUGAUCUUGGGCAAAUGGCUCUAUGUCUCUUUGCCUCAGUAUUAGUACCUCAUAUAUCGGUUGAUCAAAGAACACAGCUAUUCUGCAGAAUGCUUAACUCACUUUAAGCACUGGACAGUAGUUGCUAAUGUCAGGGUGGGUUAAUAUGAGGCUGGAUGAUACUCAGAGGUCAGUAAUGUUCAGAAGUGGAUGGAGGUAGGACUUGAGGUGUCCUUACAGAAUGAAGAGGAACAGUCUCAGUUGGAGUGGAGGUAGGAGGUAGGGAAGCAGGGCCUGGCGUGAACUGUUGGAACCACUGUUCUUGACGCCAGUGAUUAUGGCAGGUUUACAUGCAGAGAUAAAGUUGCGUUUGGCCCUUGAUCUUGCCUGUGUAAAGCAAGAUAAAGUAAUGCAGAGAUAAAGUUGCGUUUGGCCCUUGAUCUUGCCUAUUUUCCUUAACACCAGGAGAGCUACAGUAAGAGCACUACAGAUCUUAAACUUCAAAAAAUUCCAGUGUCCCACCUCUCUUCUUCACAUAAUUCAAAAUAAAAGCAAUCCUAACCUGUAAAAUAAUGUAACAAAGUCCAAUAAAGUUUUUUACUUUUUUCUCAUAA